AUGCUCUUCCGAGUAGGAGACUUUUCACUUGAUGGAUAUCCCGAUCUUCUUGCUGUUCUUGUGGAGAAGCAAAGCUUGGGGCAGAUAAAGGAGGUUCGAAAUCAACAAGAGCGUCUUCAUUCAACCAAAGGAGGUAGCGCUAGGAGAAAUCAAGAUGGCGUCGUUCUUCGAUCUGAAGGUAAAGAGGAUGGAAGCCUGGACAUUCUUAUCGAAUAUAAGCCGUUCGAAGGAGACACUAAGUUCAGCUUUAUUUAUUGUGAUGACAAAGGUGAUGUUACUUUCCUCAAAGUGCAAGUCUUCACAAACGUGUGCGGCAAGCAUUGUGAGCCGUCGUCAAAGGAAGUGGGGUUCAGUGUUAGUUGGAGCGGUGCAUGCACUAGCUUCAGUGUGUCCGACGGCUGGGGUGGCUCUUUGAAAGGCGCUUCAUGCCAACUUCCCUCCUCGACUCAUCGAGCCCUGGCUGCACCUUAUCUGUUGUUUGGACUGGGCCGAAGUCCCAACUUUGUUGAUGAGUUGACUAUCGGUGCGCCACUUUAUUGUGAUGGCUUAGCAGUCCGUCAACAUACGCUGAAACACUUUUUGAUCUUUUUGAUCAUUUUAUCUGAUGAAGACUCGUUGAUGCUCUUCCGAGUAGGAGACUUUUCGCUUGAUGGAUAUCCCGAUUUUCUUGCUGUUCUUGUGGAGAAGCAAACCUUGGGGCAGAUAAAGGCAAGAUCAAAAAGCUAA